UCACCCACAUUUUCAUCAUGUGUUUCACUGAAGAUGGGAUCUUCACCUGGAUCAAGAACAGAAAGACAAGGUCGAGCGAGGAGCCCGAGAUUCGUCAACGCUCAGCAUCUGCCCGCUCAGGAACCGCCACACCACAGGAUGAUCGCAGUAGACAAGUGCACACACCAGUAUCGAUAGAGGAGAUACCUCGUUUGAAGAAGCUAAGGACUGUGCACUCCUUUGAUAGCACCAGUGCCAUAUCGCCCAAGACUGGAUUUCGCGACGACAGUGCCGUGGGGAUGUCCUCUGGCCCAUCGAGUCCUGUAGAUGGAUUUCCCACAUAUCAUACCGCAAUCUCAGCACAAAGAGUUUCCAACCCCAGAAUGACUGUUGGCCCACGGUCUUCUUCGCUACCAGUACCAACGUGGUCUCUCUUUCCCACACCUCCCAACUACUCUCGACCGGUUACAGCGGCGUCACAGCUUACACGCAUGGCAAGCUCAAGAGACGAAUCUAAUCCCUCAUUCAGAAACUGUUCUCCAACCAGAGUUCAAGUGAGAGCAAAUCAAUCAUAUGCAAGAUCCGAAAUGGCAUCCAUACACCAGCGUACCACACGACACUUUUCUUACCAAUCCGAUAUAUCCGAAGCACCACCAUCGCCUCCACCAAAACUAGAGGACAUACCUACACCUUAUGCACAAAACUCACGUCCAGUAUCCUUCAGAACCUUUGUAGCGCAAUCUCAAGGUCGUUCCCAAUCCCACAACUCCUCGUGUUCAAACCUCAGCCCACACACCGCCACUGGAACGCGGUCGUCCAUGCAGAACCGCGCAUCACGAUCUGCAGGACCGCCGCCAGUAAACAAAGUUCGUGGCUCGCGACGCACCUCGCUGAAGAGCUUCCUGGGAAGGAAUGGAUACUCGGACGAAGGCAUUUUCGUUGCGACAAGUGACGAUCCGGACGCACCGUUCACCAUGUUUCGAUGGCCCAAUCCUGGCAGUGGCCAGUCUACGCCUCGAUCAUCUACCAUGAUAUACUGA